GCCAAUUUUUUCAACAAUCUAAUCUAAAUGUUGAUAUUGUUGGAAAUUCUUUGCAUCGAAACGUCACUUCAAAACGAGACGGUUUUUCCUUCAUUUUCAAAACCACCUUCUGAAGCCCGAUCAUGUCUACAGAGAGAAUCCUGAGCCAUUCAAAAGUUGUUCGCAUCUCGGAGGAGUUGGCGAAGCAGCUGACGUCUGCGCACACCCCAAAAUCCCAAAGGGUGGUCAUUGUGCCUGACCUUCCGGUGGCCAGGGAUCAAGAGUUCCGCAACGACGGCCUAUACGUGGACAGGGAGCUUUUCUCUGAGCUGCAGCAACAGCAGGUGGCUCUGGAGGUGCGACACCGAGAGCUGAAGGAGGCGCUGGAGCAGCGCUUCGAGCCCUUUCGCCAACCCAAUCACAACCUCCUGCCCCCGGCAAAGGCCGAGCCUACCCUGCAAUUGUUACUCGACUGUCUCAAGAGUCACCCUGGACGUCCCCUGAAGUGCCACCCCCACGCUGUCGCCUUUGCCUCCGCCGUGCGUGCAGCUUCUGAGACUGAUGCAAAACUCUAGACUUAACGUUCAACGCUCAAUAAAUAAGCAAGUUUAACACACAACUAAUUGGCUUGGCUCUUGUUAUGUACAA